GUCAGGAAGUGUUCUCGAGGCGGAGGUUUCGCGGGGAAGCUUUUGCGGCUAGGACACUUCCUGUUUCCUAGUAACAAUAGGAAGUAUCCGCGGAGCUGGAGUGAGACCCUUGACUCGGACCAGCUGCGCCCUCUCUGCUCUGCCUCCCUCCCUCUUCCCCUUCUCCUUUCCUUCUUCUCCUCCCCUCCCACCUCCUGGGAGCCCUGGCGGGGUGUGCGUGUAUGGGAGCGCGAGAACUCCCCACAGCCACCCCUUGGGGCGCGCGGCUGCAGUUAGGGUGAGGGUCCCAGUGCGCAGGCGCGCUCCCGUUCGCGGUCCCCAACGGACGCACCCGCGGCGGGAACGAGAAGGGGCCACUCGUGCGAGGUAGGGAUCCCAAGAGGAAGUUGGCCCAGGAGAUGAGUGAGGCGAGUGGACCUCGGUGGUCGAUCAGGAGAGAGGACUCUUGAGCGAAGGGGCCUUGUGAGGCCUUGGCCCCGCCACUGGAGGAAGAUGCUGCUGCCACCUGCCUGCUCUUCCUGAACCUCCACGUUUCUGCCACACUGCCCCAUGGAGAACGUGCCCAGCUCACUCAGCUGCUGUGACUGUCAGCGCCACUUUCCUAGCCUCCCAGAACUGUCAAGGCACCGAGAACUACUCCAUUCAUCCUCCAACCAGGACAGUGAGGAGGCUGACAGCAUCCCUCGGCCCUACCGCUGUCAGCAGUGUGGGCGGGGCUACCGCCACGCAGGGAGCCUGGUCAACCACCGCCGGACGCACGAGACUGGCCUUUUCCCCUGUACCACCUGUGGCAAGGACUUUACUAAUCCCAUGGCCCUCAAGAGCCACAUGAGGACUCAUGCUCCUGAGGGCCGCCGUAGGCGCAAGCCUUCCCGCCCCAAGGAAGCCACUCCACACCUUCAGGGGGAGACAGUAUCCACUGACUCCUGGGGCCAGAGGCUUGGCCACGGGGAAAGCUGGGGAAACCAGGAAAAAACCGCCGAAGAGACAUCUAUCUGUGCAUCUGAGCCUGACCCCAAGGUAGCUCUAGGCACUUGGGAAGAUCCACCCACCAAACAAAGAGAAGGCUGGGAAAGCCAGGCAAAUUCUGAGGACGGUGCAGAGGGCUGGGGGCCCACCACCAACUCUGCCAGAGCCCCACCACUCCCUGCUCCAGCCAGCAGCCUCCUUAGCAAUUUGGAACAGUAUUUGGCUGAAUCGAUGGUGAAUUUCACAGGGGGCCAGGAGCCCACCCAGUCCCUUCCUGCUGAGGAGGAGCGGCGUUACAAGUGCAGUCAAUGUGGCAAGACUUACAAGCAUGCCGGGAGCCUCACCAACCACCGCCAGAGCCACACAGUUGGCGUCUACCCUUGUGCCAUCUGCUUUAAGGAGUUCUCUAACCUCAUGGCUCUGAAGAACCACUCCCGCCUCCAUGCCCAGUAUCGGCCUUACCAGUGUCCUCACUGCCCCCGUGCCUUCCGGCUCCCCCGAGAGCUGCUGGAACACCAGCAAUCCCAUGAGGGUGAGAGGCAGGAGCGGCUGUGGGAAGAGAAAGGUGUGCCCACCACCAAUGGACACACAGAUGAGAACAGCCGGGACCAGCCCCCUAGUGCACCAGUGCUGAAUGGCUCUGGGGAGCUCAGCACUUCUGGGGACCUAGAGGACAGUGGCCUGGAGGAGUACCGACCUUUCCGCUGUGGAGACUGUGGCCGUACUUACCGCCAUGCCGGGAGCCUCAUCAACCAUCGCAAGAGCCACCAGACAGGUGUCUACCCCUGCUCCAUCUGUUCCAAGCAGCUGUUCAAUGCAGCCGCUCUCAAAAACCACGUGCGGGCUCAUCACAGACCCCAGCCAGGAGCUGGUGAGGAUGGGAAGCCGGCAGUGCUGCCAGCUGCAUUGCCUCCGGCUGAGACCACCCACAAAGAGACGGCGGUCCACAGCCCCACCCUGGACUAUCGCCCCUACAAGUGCAAUGAAUGCGGUCGGGCGUACCGUCACCGCGGGAGCCUGGUGAACCACCGCCACAGCCAUCAGACGGGAGAGUACCAGUGCUCACUCUGUCCCCGCAAGUACCCCAACCUCAUGGCCCUGCGCAACCAUGUGCGAAUCCAUUGCAAGUCUGCACAUCUCAGCACUGGCUCAGGGCCCAAAGGUCCCCCCAGCCACCUCAAGGGGGAAGUUCCUGCUGACCCCGUGGGAACAGAGGCAGCCUCACAUAUAGAUUGGGGCGAUGGGUGCAAACACAAGGAGGAGGCCAUGGAGGGUCCCCCAGCAGCAAAUAGGACAGCACCACAUAUACGUAGCGUGGGCAGGGUGCUCUUUGAAGACCCCGAGAGCCUUGAACAUCAUGGCUGGACCCACGGGGAAGGAGAAAACAGGACAGAGACCAGGGUGUCACCUCUCCGGGCAUUUGCCUGCCAAGACUGUGGAAAGAGCUAUCGCCACUCGGGCAGCCUCAUCAACCACAGGCAGACCCACCAGACGGGGGACUUUAGCUGCGGGGCCUGUGCCAAGCACUUCCACACCAUGGCUGCCAUGAAGAACCAUUGGCGUCGCCACAGUCGGCGGGGCAGGCAGCAGCGGGGCCAGGCCAACGGUGCUGAUGGUGACGGAGGGGCCAAGCUCCCGUCACCUGGGAACUGGGCCUGGGAGCUGGCGGGAGAUAGUGAGGGCCUGGACUGUCCCCAGGACCCUCCAGGGGAAAGUCCUCAUGGAGCUGAAAGCAGCUUGGAAAGUGAUGGGGGUUAUUUGCAGGCUCGAGCUGAAAGGGACAGAUGUGGGCUUGAGAGGGAUAAGGCCUAUUUCCAGGGUGAUAAGGAGAGCAGAGAUCCUAAGGAAGGGCUGGAAAGGAAGGAGGCCUGUUUCCUUGACAAGUUGGACAUCCCAGUCGAGGACGAAAGCCGUGGGCCUCACUUUUGUGAUGGCCUCCCAGGGGCGAAUGAAGACCAGAAACCUGCCGCUGGCCAGCCCUGCCGCUCCUCCCACUCUGUGGAAGCUGUCACCGGCUGGCAGGCUGAGGUGGACCACACGUGUUCUGACUGUGGGCACUCUUUCCCCCAUGCUACGGGCCUGCUGAGUCACAGGCCCUGCCAUCCGCCGGGCAUCUACCAGUGCUCCCUCUGCCCCAAGGAGUUUGACUCCCUGCCCGCCCUACGCAGCCACUUUCGGAACCACGGGCCCGGGGAGGCAGCCCCGGCACAGCCUUUCCUCUGCUGCCUCUGUGGCAUGAUCUUCCCCGGGCGGGCAGGUUACAGGCUCCACAGGCGCCAGGCUCAUGGCUCCUCUGGCAUGACUGAGGGGGAAGAGGAAGAGGGGGAGGAGGAAGGAGCAGCCGAGGCAGCCUCCAGGCUUAGCGCCCCACUGCAGCUCUCAGAAGCAGAGCUGUUGAACCAGCUGCAGCGAGAGGUGGAAGCGCUAGAUGGAGCGGGUUACGGGCACAUCUGUGGCUGCUGUGGUCAGACCUAUGAUGACCUGGGGAGCCUGGAGCUUCACCACCGAAGUCAGAGUUCUGGGAACAUGAUGGACAGAGCUGCCAGCCAAGCGGGAGAGUCCGGUGAUGUCACAGAAAUGGUUGCAGAUGGCUUCUCUGAUUGCACUGGGACCUCUGUUUCUGCAGAGGGUGGGAACACAAAGUCUGGAGAGGGCAUAGGUGCCACGGUUGCAGACAGCCUCUGCAUCCCGGGUCGGGAAAGUGCUCCGGAGGCUCAGCCCCGCCCCUUCCGCUGCAACCAGUGCGGCAAGACCUACCGCCAUGGCGGGAGCCUCGUGAACCAUCGCAAGACCCACCAGACCGGGGACUACGCCUGCGCUGUCUGCUCCCGCCGCUACCUUAACCUGGCUGCCUACCGCAACCAUCUGCGGAACCACCCGCUGUGCAAAGGCUCCGAGCCCCGCGUGGGGCCCGUACCUGAGGCGGGAGGCAGCAGUGAGCCCCAGGACGUUGCCAAAGCGGGGCUGGGACAGGCAGAAGUGGGGAAGCCCCAGGAGGCACUUAAAAUGGAGCCCCCAGAGGAGGAGACGUGGGAGGAGACCGCUGUGAAGGAGGAGGACACGGGGCUGAAGCUGGAGGCUGCCGACGACAGCUGCCAGGCCGAGGCCAGCGCUGAGCGGCCCUUCAGCUGCGAGGUGUGCGGCCGUUCCUACAAGCAUGCCGGCAGCCUCAUCAACCACCGACAGAGCCGCCACACAGGCCAUUUGGGCUGCCGGGCCUGCUCCAAAGGCUUCUCGAACCUCAGGUCCCUCAAGACCCACCGGUGUGUCCGCGUCCAUGCUGAUCCUCGGCGUUUCCGCUGCAGCGACUGUGGGAAGGCCUUCCGCCUGCGGAAGCAGCUGGCGAGCCACCAGCAGGUCCACACUGAUGGGGGUCGGGGCGCCCGGAAACUGACGAGGGAGGAUCGGCCGUUUGGCUGUGCGCAGUGUGGGCGGACAUACCGUCAUGCGGGCACCCUCCUGAACCACCGAUGCAGCCAUGAGACCGGCCACUACAGCUGUCCCGCCUGCCCCAGCACCUACUCCACCCUCAUGGCCUUGCAGGACCACCAGACGCUGCACUCAGAUGGCCUGCGGCGGCGGGCAGGGCGGUCCCGGCAGGCAGCCGUGUUCUGCGCCCUCUGCAGCCAGGGCUUCCCUGGCCAGAGCUCUUUGGAGCAGCACCUGAGCAAGCAUGAGGAGACCAGAAAUGCUCAGGGAGGCCCCGGUGGCCCAGAGGGCAGUGAGGGGAACCUGGCCAAUGACCAGGAAGUAGAAGGCAGAUGGAGUGGUGCUGAGUCAGUAUCCCAGCUGGAGUAUGGAGCCAUGAGGUCAGAGGAGCAGAGUCGUAAUCCCAUCACACCAGCAGGUCCAGAAGCCACAGAGCCAGCAUCCUGGGACAUGGGGCAGGCAGGUGGGUGGCGAGGAGAUGGGGGACCAGUGAGUCAGGAAGCAGAUUGCAUUCCUCCAGGUCAUGUGCUGACCAAGACAGAAGAUAUAUCAGGGAACAGUGUCCCCAGAAGUCCUUGCCACCUUGGCAAUAGUGAGCCUAGUCAGAGUCACGUGGAUAGCUGGGACAGUGGAGAUAGCAGCCCUGAGCCCCAACCAGAGAGCUGCCCCUUUUCCUGCCGCCGUUGUGGCAAGACCUGCCAAUUGGAAGGGCCCUUGAGCCACAACUCCCAUAAAACCCACUGCCACUAUUGCCUGCUCUGCUCCAAGGAGUUCUCGGAUCCUGUGGCCAUGGAGCGCUCCUGCCACAACCACGUAGCCCCCCAGACAUUUGCCUGCUCUGACUGUGGCAAGGCCUUUGAGUCCCGCCACGCGCUAGCCAGCCACCUGCACACUCAUGCCAGGGCCUUUAGUCAGGUGCCACCCCAGAUGGAAGAGGCCAGAGGUCCUGAAGCUGGGUCUGGGCAGGAUGCAGAGGGUCUUCCUAGCCAAGGGGGACCCUGUAAAGCCCCCUCAGAACCCUCCGGGGCCCUGGGAGUCAACGCUAGGAGAGCCAAUGGGGGGCAGGGAGCAGAGUCCGCCCUGGCUGAAGACGAGCGGCCCUUCUGCUGUGUGCAGUGCGGCCGCUCCUAUCGCCAUGCUGGCAGCCUCCUGAACCACCAGAAGGCCCAUGCCACCGGACUCUACCCCUGCUCCCUCUGUCCCAAACUUCUGCCUAACCUGCUCUCCCUCAAGAACCAUGGCAGGACCCACACAGACCCCAAGCGCCAUCGCUGCAGCAUCUGUGGCAAGGCCUUCCGGACAGCGGCCCGGCUGGAAGGCCACAGGCGGGUCCAUGCCCCCCGGGAGGGGCCCUUCGCCUGCCCCCACUGUCCCCGCCACUUCCGCCGCCACGUCAGCUUCCUGCAGCACCAGCAGCAGCACCAGGAGGAAUGGGCCGUGGCCCGCUCUGGUACCGGGGGAGCCCCAAAGGCCCCAUCAGCAGGCAGAGGGGACUUGUCAUUGCCCCCUCCAGCCACCCCCAUGGCUCCGCUCCUGGACUCUUCACCCCAGUGGCCUGCAGACCUCAGCUACUCCCUCUGAACUUCAGGUCUUCAAAAUUCUGAACACGGGGCGGGAGAGCAGGCUGCCGGGGAGCCUGGUUGGCCAUGUUGUGCUCAGGAGUCCCCACCUCUUUCCCGUGAAGAGGACCCAGAUCUUGCUUCUUUCCGAAGUUGGGGCUGAGGUAUUCCUGACAUCCCUGUCUGAAGGACCUCUUUCCCCAGCCUUUGUCACCUUGCUCUUUCCUGUGACCAGCUCCCUCACCAACCAGAUUCCAACACCAGGAAGAGACCAUUCAAAGAGCUGCGGGUAGGAAUGUUGCCUGUGGAAGGGGGGCCUUUUACUACAAUUUGUAACUUAUUUUCUAAAGUCUAUUUUGUAACAAUUUAUUUAAGAAAGGAAAAUUGCACCCCCACCCAAAAAUUUUUUCAAAGUA